AUGUAUGUGACGAGGCCUCUUUCCCAAGUGCUGAAAUCUCCGAAAAUCGGGCAGCCCGACGGCCCGAAUUCCGGCUGCUUAGUGAUCGAAGACGAGGAAUCCGUAACCUACUCGUUUUUCGGGUUGUGGCGGAAUCGGAAGCUCAAAUUUCUGCCUUUUCCUCAGGACAAAGAGCUUCGUGUUCGUUACACGAAGACUAACGGCUUGACAAUCACCGUAUUCGAGGAUCACGUUUUCUUGAUCCCGGUGAUCAAUCAGCCGCUCGACUCCAAUCGGUAUUAUGCGAUCGUCCCACAUGGAUCGCGAAAAGGGGAAGAUGAUAAGACCACCUGCUGUUUCUGCCGUUUGGUGAACGACGUCGAACCGAGGCCGUUAGAUCCACAAAACGUUUAUCAGCAAUUUCAAAUAGCUUCGUACCACUGCGGCUGCUCGGGUUGCUUUAUCGCCACCUCCAAAGCUCUCGACGGCUUCCCACCGUCAUUCCUUCGCCGAGAAGGUUGGACCACCCACACAAAGACCACUCACAAUAUCAAGCUUGAUACCGCAAACGGCCUCGACCCUGUACUCCGGGCCUGCCUCCCGAAUUUCGAUUUCUCCAUUUCUCGAGAGUUUUCCGAGCCUUUAGUCGUCGGGAAAUGGUAUAGCCCUUUCGUGUUCAUAAAGGAAAGGACUCUGCGUGAACAAGUAAAGUUUUCGAUGUACUAUGAGUGGACGCUCGAGAAAAGAUGGGAAAGGAUAUUUGCUUGCCGUAAUAAGGGUAACGAUAACCGAGUGGUGAUUGACGACGUGUUUGAGGACGAACGAGCAUUUGUCGGUGGGGUUAGAGGCGAGUGGGACGAGAAGAGUUCGGUUGAUGGGGUGGUUUCGUAUGUGGGCUACGUUAGUGGGGGAGAGAAAAAAACGAGCGUAGGGUUGAGAGUGGAAAUAGUCGAGCGAAUGAGGUGGGAGGAGUCGAGAGGCGGCUGGGCAGGCGGGGCCGGGGGGCGGGUGAGGGUUAGUAAGGUGGAGGAAUGUGAGGGGUGGGAUGAGUUUGGAUUGUAUGUGUUGGUUGAGAGGUUCAAUUUGAGGAGGAUGGAUGGGAGUUUGGUGUUGUUUUGUGACUUUAGGCACUUUCACCAUGUGAGGGCUAAGUGGGAGUAG